AGGGGAGAGCAGGAGCCGGGCUGGGCUGGAGGCAGGAUGGCCCUGCUGCUUCCCUGUUCCCUUUGGGAGGGGCAGACACCGGGGGCGGCUCUCUUGUGCAAUGUCCCCUCCUGUGACGGCAGUGCCGGGCUGGCACGAUGGUAUAUAAGCCGGUGCAGCUCGGCGCUGGGCAUCUGGCGCAUGAGCACCAUGAAAUCAGGCCUCCUCCUCCUCCUGGGGCUCCUCGCCCUCUGGGCUGAGCUGCCGCCUGCCUCUGGGCAGCUCCGUCAAGCGAACGCGAUCUGCAAUCUCCCUGCGGAUUCCGGCCCGUGUUUCACCUACAGCCGCAACUACUUCUACAACUCGGCCACCCAGAGGUGUGAGGAGUUCGUUUAUGGCGGCUGCGGGGGCAAUGGGAACAGGUUUGACACUAUGUUCAGGUGCCUCAAGACCUGUGGAAGCUCAGCUAAAGAUAUCUGCCAGCUCCCUGUGGAGCCUGGCCCGUGUCAAGCCUACAUGACCCACUACUUCUACAACUCGGCCACCAAGAAAUGUGAGGAGUUCAGGUACGGUGGCUGCCAGGGCAACGAGAACAGGUUUGCCACUAAAGAGGAAUGUCUCAAGGCAUGUGGACAGCCUGAGAUCUGCAAGCUCCCUAUGGAACCCGGCCCAUGUUUUACCUACGUGUCCAGCUACUUCUACAACUCGGUCACCAAGAGGUGUGAGGAGUUUGUUUAUGGCGGCUGCCAGGGCAAUGGGAACAGGUUUCCCAAUAUGGACGAAUGUCUCCAGACCUGUGGAAGCUCAGAUGUAGAUAUCUGCCAGCUCCCUGUGCAGCCUGGCCCGUGUAAGGCCUACACGACCUGGUACUUCUACAACUCAGCCACCAAGAAGUGUGAGGAGUUCAGGUACGGUGGCUGCCAGGGCAACGAGAACAGGUUUGCCACCAAAGACGAAUGUUUCCAGACAUGUGGACGCCCAGUUCAAGAGAUCUGCAAGCUCCCUGUGGAUGCCGGCUCAUGUUUUUCCUACAUGACCCGCUACUUCUACAACUCGGUCACCGACAGCUGCGAGGAGUUCGUGUAUGGCGGCUGCGAGGGCAAUGGGAACAGGUUUGCCACUAAAAAUGAAUGUCUCAAGACCUGUGGCAGCCCAGAUACAAAUAUCUGCCAGCUCCCUAUGCAGCCUGGCCCAUGUCAGGCCUACGUGACCCGCUACUUCUACAACUCGGUCACCAAGAAAUGUGAGAAGUUCAGGUACGGUGGCUGCCAGGGCAAUGGGAACAGGUUUGCCACCAAAGACGAAUGUCUUGAGACCUGUGUGCGACCAGUUAAUGAUGUUUGCAAACUCCCUGUGGACUCUGGCUCAUGUUUUUCCUACGUGACCCGCUACUUCUACAACUUGGUCACCAAGAAGUGUGAGGCGUUCACCUACGGCGGCUGCGAGGGCAAUGGGAACAGGUUUGCCUCCAUCGACGAAUGUCUCAGGACCUGCGGAAGUGCAGAGAAACCCGGGUUCUGCCCCAAGACAACCGGAGGGCUCUGCAUUCUGGGAUGCAAUGAUGAUGACGACUGUCCUGGAGCAGAAAAGUGCUGCAGUAAUGGGUGCGGCCGGACUUGCCAAGCCCCCGCGGCAGGGCCGACCAGAGAGAGAGACCGGGACAAGCCGAGAGCGUGACAGCAGGGCCUGUGGGGGGAUGGGACAGGAUCCGCCAAUCCGGUCCCCACCUGACACCCACCCCCAGUCGCCCGUGGGCCUGAUCUCGCCCCGCACGUGGCUUGUGUAAUAAAGAGCUCAGCUCAGCUGGCCUCCCUGUGA